UUGAUUUACCAAGUUUUCAGACAGAUAAAAUUUGUUCUAGAUUAUAUAAAACAUAUAUGGAAGAGACUGGACUCGAUCCUUUGAUAAAGUCUGAAACUUCUGAAUCCCCACAAAGCGAAAACGCUGAUAAUCAUAUUCUACAGGACAGUUCGUUGGAAACUCAGGUGAGGGUACCGCAGAUGAAUGUUCUACCUAUAUCACCUAAACGACAAUUUCCAAUUUCUGUUCUAUCAAACAAUCCUGAAGAAAGACAACAACGUGUUAUUAAAAUGUCGAACGCAAAACAACAUUCAUGUUGGGCAAAUAUUACAGUUAAUGAACCAACUAUCAGUCUGCGGAGCAGAACUCUGUGUCUAAUGAAUUGGGAAUCAAAAUUUAGCUAG